GGAGUUCGCAGAUGGGGUUUUAUUUUGAAACACCGGAUGGUUUUCCUGCUUGACUUCCUGUCUAGAACGAUCUUCUCUGUGUGGAUUGACGCUCAUUGGAAGCUUAGAACAGCAAAAAUCGACUCGCCGCGUCUCUUUAGCAGAGCUGCUCUCUAUACGGAGCUGUGACGGAGCUGAGACGCGUCCUUCACGCUUUGCUCUGUGAUACGAGACGCUGCUGCCACGCUCCAAACACGCAUCCGCUAUUUUUUAACGCUUUUAUUUUGAAAGGCCGGGGUCGGAAGUGUUGGCUACCGCUGCCGGUAGUGUGGACUGUUUCCUUGUUCACUCCUUCCUUCAAUGCUACCUCGGAUAAACUCUCAGUCAUGGCCAUGAACGCAGACCUGAACGAACGACCUCCGCGGAGGAAACGGGAGGACGGAGAGGAGCGCGAGGACGUCCUCGUGAAGAGAGGCAAAAGUGACGUCAGCAGGUAACGAUGUUCUCCUGAACUCACCUGAAGUCACCUGUCCGAGUUUCACUUUAGUUUGCUCUGUCACUCUGCAAACUGUGUCUGUAAGGGUCCACAGAGACCCCUGUGGGGGGUCCGUCAGACCAGUUUUGGUGUCUCCUGUUUUAAUAUAUCUGAACAAGAGCGCAGUAAAGUUAAAUCAGCUAAUUUUCCAAUGAGGUUCUGUUACUGAACGGAACUACAGCAUGAUCUACUGAGGUUAGUACAUAUAGGGUCACAGACAUAGUACUAGACACCAAACAUCUUUUUAACUUUGACUCAUUUCUUUAGCAAAGAGACUAAACACAGCUGCGGCACCCCGCUGUAGUCUGUAAUAGACUGGCCUGAGGUCUCUCUACAAACAAGCGUCUGCUGGAAGAGAGUAGGUGAGUUGUGUUUAGUCUCUUUGCUAAAGAAAUGAGUCAAAGUUAAAAAGAUGUUUGGUGUCUAGUACUAUGUCUGUGACCCUAUAUGUCCUGUUGAUGAAGUUAGGUGCUGUUCUGAGCAUUAUUUGUGGCUAUAGAGUGGCGUUUUGGUUGGGGGCGUGUCUCUCUGUAUUUCUAUCCUGCGGUCGUUACUAAAGUUGGUAUAACUAGAGAAGGAAGCGGUCGACAACAUUCAUCUCUGGAGGCGGGGUCUAACUCGGUGUUACGGUGGGUUUGACCCUGAAUUAAUAUCCCUUUAACACCUCCGCCUCUCCUCAGCCUCGAGUCUUGUUUGGAUCAGCCGAUGGACUCAGGUAGCAUCCAUGAGGUCAUCAAGUUCACCCCGUCCUCCCUGCCAGGUGAGUCUGAUCAGACCUGAGCUUCGUUUGGAUUAUUGAUUAUUGAUUACUCUUCCGUUUUCACCUCCUCUCUGUCUCCUCUUCAGUCAAACAUUACGACAUCGACACCACAGAGCCGAUCAGCUGUGGCCUCACCACUAUGGAUGAUCUGUUGUCAUGGAAACGAAGCGAGGCAAACCCCUUCAAUGUGGCGUCGGUCCCCCUGGCUCCUCGCGAACCUCCCCUGGCCACCUCCCCACGUCGCACGCUGGUGUCACAUGACAUGAUGGGAGGUUACCUGGAGGACAGGUGUGGACGCCGCUUUCACGGGUGUCUCUGCCCUCAGACAUGACGUCCAUGUGAGUCGUUGAUUUCUUCUUCUGCUGUUCCGUGAACCGCUCCCUCUCUCUCCUGAUGUGCAGGUUCAUUCAGGGGACGUACUCCGUGGCGCCGUACGUCUUCUAUCACUGGCAGUACAUCGAUAUUUUCAACUACUUCACACACAACCUGGUGACUAUUCCUCCCGCCGUGUGGACCAACGCCGCUCACAAACACGGAGUCGUCAUGAUCGGUGAAGAAAGUCUGACGUAUUUAAGAUGUUUGGGGUUCAGAAGAAACUCAAACUGGAUUUUUACUGUUUUUUUUUCUGCUCUCAGGGACGUUCAUCACGGAGUGGACGGACGGGAAAACGAUGUGCGAGUCCUUCCUGAAAGACGAGGAGUCGUACCGCGCCGUGGCGGAUAAACUGGUCCAGAUCAGCCGCUGUUACGGUUUUGACGGCUGGCUGGUCAACAUCGAGAACAGCCUCAGCGUGAGUUCAGCUCCUGUCAGACCGCAACAGACGUGAACUUUGACCUCCAGUAAAAUCUUUUCUACCUGCAGGAGGUCGCGGUGAACAACACGCCUCUGUUCCUGCGCUACCUGACGGACCAGAUGCACCUGAGGGUGUCAGGAGGUCUGGUCCUAUGGUACGACAGCGUGAUCGACUCGGGACAUCUGCAGUGGCAGAAUGAGCUCAACCAGAAGAACAGGUGGAGAAGUUGACGGACUCUGACCCCUUGAGUUUGUGGAAACAUGACGCUCUGAUGACGGCGAUGAAAGGAUGAGUUCUGUGAACGUUUGAUCUUCUCUCUCGUCUGUUACAGGAUAUUUUUCGAUGCCUGCGACGGUUUCUUCACAAACUACAACUGGACCGAGCAGAACCUGGAGGCCAUGAAGGACCUCGGCGGGCUCGGAGAUCGCCAGGCUGACGUCUACGUCGGGGUGGACGUGUUCGCCCGAGGUCAGGUGGUGGGCGGGAUGUUUGAGACGAAUAAGGUGAGAAGAGUGGAGUCAUGUGACGCCGUUAGAGACUGAUGGUUCAAAGAUGGCCGACAGCAGGAACUCUCUUGUUUCUGCAGGCGCUGGACGUGAUCCGGAAACACAACUUCUCUGUCGCCAUCUUUGCUCCAGGCUGGGUGUACGAGACCCACGAGGACAAGAGCGAGUUCCCCCGAAAUCAGGACAAGUGAGACUCAAAGACGAGGAGAACAUGACGCUGCGUUCCUGAGAAACGCUGCGUCAUGUUCCCACGUCGUUCAUGGUUUAUGUGGAUUAGUUUGAGCUCGGUCAGGAUUAGAGUGCUCAUCAUCACAGCUCUGUGCAGCAGAGAGAUGCUGACGGCUUUUCUUCACGACCAGCUGUAGAACAAGAUGAAUCUGCAGACAGACGUCGGCGCUCAGAGAUUUCAUGACGAUCUUCUGUGAGGGUGAAAUUAAAGUCCUGUUUGAUCUCGGCAGGUUCUGGGCUCUUCUGUCCGACUCUCUGUACGUCCAUCGGCCAUCUCUGUCCCUCCCCUUCAUCUCCUCCUUCUGUCAGGGCUUUGGGAAGGACCUCUACUGGAGAGGAAAGGUAAGAACAGAGAGGAGCGCCUGGAUCUCCUUCCUGGAGCAGACUGACUGAGGAGCUGUUGGUUUGUGUGUUUCUGCAGCGUGAGUCGGAGAGGAGCUGGUUCAACCUGAGCGCUCAGGAGAUCCAGCCUCUCUACUACCACACAGAGCUGGAGGGCGGAGCUUGGCUGAGGAGCCGCGGCUGCCCCGAGGACGCCUUGAGCGGCGGUCGCUCGUUGGUGCUGGAGGGCCUCAUCCCCUCCUCACACACCUCUCCGGUCUGUGCAAAGUGAGCGUGUGUGUUUGCUCGUUCCUCUCCUCCUUCAUCGUUCUCCUCCUCCUCCUCAGCUCUCAGAGUUCACACUCAGUCUCUCUCUUCUUCUGCGUCUCUCAGGAUCUUCUCGCUCCACGUUCCUCUGGCUGAAAAGACUCUGCUGAGCGUCGUCUACAAACCGUCUGCAGGGAUCUCCGUCAACCUGGAGCUGAAGACGGCAGACGCCAACCUGUGCACGCACAUAGACAUGCAGAAUAUUCAGGGUGAGUUUUCCAGACUCCAGUUUCAACUCCUGAUGUUCUUGAAGGUUCAGGCAGGUCCUUGAAAAGCCUUGAAAAGUCUUAUUUUUAAUGUUCAGACAUGUUGUUCUCGUCUGUCCUCCGUGUGUCUCCACAGUCAGCAGUGUGUCUCCUGAGCGUCUCGAUGAAGGACAUCAGCUCCACAGACGUUUCACUGAGCUGUGUGGGAACUUGGUUCCCUCAGACUGGACUGUCAGGUAACGUUGCCUUAAAGCUUCGAUGAGGUCCGUCUGUUUUUAGGCUCUGAUGUGAAGCUGCUGUCUCGUCUCUGUGCUCAGGUGUUCUCAGCUGGAGCUCCGUGGUUGUGCCCUCAGAGAAGUUUGUCUGAGUAUCCAGAGGGACGGAGAGCCGGAGGACACACACUUCAGCUGCAGGCUGGGACAGAUCCUGGUGAUGAUGAGUUUGAUACCAGAACCACAACUUUACUCCAUCAAACCCUAAAGACGUUAAAUUUGAUCAAUUCUGUGAACAGACUGAAAAGUAGAAACACAGAAAAGUCUCUCAGAAAGAAACGUUAAAGUUAGUCAGGCUGAAGUUUGAGAAAAAACGACAAAAAUAUACGUGGAAAAUUAUCAAAAUAAAACAUGAUCGACGUGUUUUUACUGAAGUCGGCUUUAAAAAGGAGAAAAGUUUCUUCUCCAGGAUUCAGCAGGUUUAGAGCGGUCAGGUGUGUGUGUGUGUGUGUGUGUCUGUGUGUGUGUGUGUGUGUGUGUCUGUUAAAAGACACCCGUUAAUAAACACUGUUAUCGUUCAUCGUUAUAUCCUGAUAUUGAUCGAUAUAAAAACUGAUAUAAAAAAAUAUCGUGAUAAACUUUUUCACAGAUCGCCCACCUCUAUGAGCGUCCAAACAUGAAUGUUCCAGAUCGUCCUCAGAACGUCCAGAAUUGGACUCUGGACCAGAAUCUGAUGAGGUUUUUCUGUUCUGGUCUCAGCUCCUGAAAAGUCUCCCUGGAGACCCUAACCCCGUCUUUCUUUGACCUGAACUUCAGCUCCUCGCUGACAUGAAUUUACCCGAGACGUCCUCUUUAAUGUCCUCUCUCCUCUUCCUGUCCCAGCUCUUGGACGUCUCCACUCUGCAGGUCCCUCCAGACCUGGUCCAGGGUCUGUGCAUUUACGAUGUGGUGUGGUUUCGUGGUGUCGGUUCCUCCCUCGAGUCCACCUCUCCUGGUCUGCUCCUGAACGCCACUCUACGCUGGGAUUACCCCGCCCACUCGGUACGACACUUCAGGGUUUAUUGGAGACGUCUGAGGGGACCUGACCCCAGAAUCCCCCCGGGUCAGCCGGUCCUGGUGGGCCGGGCGUACUCCAACCUUUACAGAAUAACUGAGCUGAUGGUUCCGGAGCCGCCGGGCCUGCUGGAGCUGACGGUGGAGCCGGUGGUCAGGAAGGAUUUCCCCGUCCCAGAGAGUCACUGGGGGAGGAGGAGCCUGAGCUACACAGAGGCGUCGGCCUAAAGAGCGGACACGAGUGUCAUCAGGGCGCCCGGGUCAAAGAGCCGACCCGGUUUACAACAGGGUUAGAAAAUCCAAACAGGACUAAUCGAAACCUUCAGAUCAGAGGGAGCAGAAUAUUUCAGAGACACUCAGACGUCGAAGUUCAGAUUUUAAUAAACGAUUAAAAAACACCAACAUGACCGAGCUGCAGAGACUUCCUCAGACCACACCUCACUAUAAAUCUGAUCACAUUUCCAAAAUUAAAGAAGAAUAAUUUCAUAUGUUUUAGAUGGUUCAGACGUAGUGGGAAACAUUUAUCGACAACAAUAUUCAUAUAUCUGUCUGUGAAACUGUUACAGUGAUUCUUUUUCUCAGUUUCACUAAUUAAACUUGAUUAAAAUUCAGUUGAACCAAAACUUAAAAACCGUUUUUAAAGACCAUCAGUUAGACUCGGACUCCUCAUUAAGCUGCCUUUUAUUUCUUAACCUUUAAGCCUCUAAUAAUCCACAUUUACCUCAAGUUCUUAUAUUCAUCAAAUUAACCUCAAACAUGUACUGUAACUAAUAUGCAAGUCUGUUUUUUUACAGCUUAUUAUCAUGUAUAUUAAAUAUAAUCUUUGUGUUGGAGUGAGAUAUUAAAACAGCAGAAAGCCUCUCAGUCCUAAUAAGAUUAUUAUUAUUAUGAUUGACAUGUUUUAUAUUCAUGUGAGGCUGAAACUGUCAAACCAAAGAAUGAUCCUCGGUCUGUAAGUUUCUCAUGGAUGUGAAAAUAAAACAGUUUUGAGUUUAUUUCUGUGGCUCUUUAACGUUGAAGGCCGACUGUGAGACCAAGUGCAAAUUUAAAAGUUUUAUUAAACUCAGUUAAACUUCUUUUUUUUUUACUUUUAGUGCAUAAAACUUUUGUUCAGGCUCGUAUGAAAUUAAAGCUUCAAGUUUGCACCUUCA